AUGUUUUCGAUCCCUUCCAAGCUCCUUUCAAGUGUUUUUGGUAAAGACGAAGAACAAAAUUCUGCAGAGAACGAAAACCCCGACGAAGUUCAGCAGACACCAGCUUCACCAAUACCGACUAUUGAAGCUGCCGAAUUCGCUGUUCCCUCAAUCUCAACACCGAAAAUAGAGUCAUCGAAUCAUGAUGAAAAUCCUCCGACUUUUCCACUUGUUGAUGGUCCACAACGUGUAAAGUCAUCGUCGAAUUUUCUGUCCACAACUAGUACAAAGGCAACGUCCCUCGAAAAAGUAAACAAAUUACGAAAAAAAUUUGCUUUAGAACCUGGACAUUCACCUUUGGACUGGGCAAGGCUAAAAAAUAGCGAAGCUGAUCUGAGGGGAGUAACGGAAAUAAAAACCUACACAUUAGAAGAGUUAAAACAACAUAGGACGAAGGACGACGCUUGGACAGCGUUAAACGGUAAAAUUUACAAUAUUACGCCUUAUCUCAAAUUUCAUCCUGGUGGUGAGAAGGAAUUGAUGAGAGCGGCGGCAAAAGACGGAACAAAACUAUUUAUGCAAACGCAUUCUUGGGUAAAUUACGAUUUUAUGUUAGAUAAAUGCUUUGUGGGAUAUUUAAAUGGCGAACAGCAUUCUCUACCGCCAUCAUCAGAAAAUAAUAAUCGAGAUUAA